UACAUCGUUUGCAGUUGUGACAUUCACAUAUGGUUAAGUACUUUGAUUCUUCUUAAUAUUUUGAUAUAAAUUACAAAAUUCAAAAAUAAUUAUGACUAUCGGAAACUUGGACGAUGAUGCAAUUGUCAUUUCUGGAAUAUCUGGAAGAUUUCCUGGCAGUGAUAAUAUCAAUGAAUUGAUGGAAAAUCUUUUCAAAGGUGUUGAUUGCGUAUCCGCAAAUCACACAAGAUGGAAAAUAAAUAAUAAAAAAAUUCCAUCGCGUAUUGGAACGAUAUCGGAGAUAACAAAAUUAGAUCAUGUUUUUUUCGGCAUCAAUACGAAACUUGCCCAAUACGUGGAACCAACAUCCAGAAUUCUUUUUGAAGUUACGUACGAGGCAAUCUGUGAUGCUGGAAUAAAUCCUACAGAUAUACGAAACACGAACACCGCUGUUUUUGGAGCACUGACGUUAAGUGAAUCAGAUAAAACUCUCUUUUACGAGAAAUUGGAACAAAAUGGACAAAAUCUAUUAGGAUGUUGUCGUGCUAUGAUAUCAAAUCGGAUCUCAUUCAUUUUGGGACUGACAGGCACAAGCUGUACUAUCGAUUCUGGUUGCACAUCAAGUGCGUUGGCUAUUGUUAAAGCGUACGAAGCAAUAAAGAGUGGAGUUUGCGAGAACGCUAUCAUUGAUGCUGGAGUCUUAGCAUUGCAUCCACAAACAUCUUAUCAUAUGUACGAAUUAGGUUUGUUGUCAGAAGACGGCGUAAACAGAUCUUUCGACGCUAAAGCUUCUGGAUUCUCGCGAAGCGAAUCGAUAGGUGUUUUAUUCCUUCAGAAAGCCAAAAAUGCAAAGCGGAUUUACGCUGAGGUUUUUAAUUCAAUGCUAAUGCAUGGUGAAACAAUAAAGAGAAAUAAGUGCCUUUUUCCGACGGGCGAAUAUCAAGCGGAAGUUAUGAAGCAAACGUUGAAACAGUGCGGUUUAAAGCCUAGCGAUAUAACUUACAUCGAGGCCGAUGGUACGGCAAUCAAGGAGGGAGAUCGCGAGGAAUUAAAAGCGAUAGAUCUUGUUUAUGCUCAAGAUCGAAGUCCCUCUAAUCCUCUCUUAAUUGGUUCAAUCAAAUCAAACAUUGGUCAUGCACUAUGUAAUAAUUCGAUAAAUUCGAUCUUCAAGGUGAUCAUUGCUAUGGAGACAGGAGUUAUACCUCCAAAUCUUCAUUACAAUGAACCUCCGGAAGAUGCCAAAUGUCUUCGUGAUGGACGCGUGAAAGUUGUUACAAAACCAACACCUUGGAGAGAUGAUUAUGCUGCCGUGAACACUUGCUCCAUCGCGGGUAACUUCUCUCAUAUUAUCUUAAAACGUUAUUCGAAAGAAAAAAAGAAGAGAGAACUUUCACCAAAUGCAAUGCCACGACUUUACGUAGCUUCUACUCGAUCCGAGGAAAUGAUCUCUACGAUCUUUAAUACUUUGAAGAAAAACCGCAGUGACAAUGAAUUUGGUCAGUUAAUUUACGAUGUAUUUAACAUACCAUUUCAUAGUAGUCUGUUUCGUGGCUAUACAAUAUUUCCAGAACUUGAAGGUGAAGAAUCAGAGAAAGCGAUUGAAGAAAUAAUACCUGUUUCUGACAAAUCUUAUCAGAUUUGGUUCGUUUUCUCAGGAAUGGGUUCGCAAUGGACUGGCAUGGGUAAAUCUCUAAUGAAGAUACCAAUUUUCGCACAAGGAAUAAAAAAGUGCAAUGCAAUUUUAAAACCUCGAGGUUAUGAUAUUGAGCGAAUUAUAUGCGAUAAUGAUCCGACAAUAUACGACAAUAUUGUAAAUUCUUUUUUGGGAAUAGCGGCUAUACAAAUCGGUCUAAUAGAUAUUUUAAAUGCAAUUGGCCUUAAACCGAAUUAUAUGAUCGGUCAUUCUGUGGGUGAACUGGGUUGUGCUUACGCAGAUGGUUGUUUUACUGCUGAGGAAAUGAUUUUAAGCGCUCUAUCUCGAGGUUUGGCAUCAAUAGAAAGCAAUUUGAUACAUGGAACUAUGGCUGCAGUUGGUCUUGGCUAUGAAGAAGUGCGACAUCUUUGUCCCGAAGACAUCGAUGUUGCUUGUCACAAUAGUAGUGAUAGUUCUACCAUAAGUGGACCUACCGAAUCUAUUAAAGCUUUUGUUAAAGAAUUACAGGAAAAAGGAAUAUUCGCUAAAACCGUGCCAACUAGUAAUAUUGCUUAUCAUAGCCGUUACAUUGCACCGGCUGGUCCAAAAUUGUUGAAAUACUUGCAAGAAGUUAUUUCUCAUCCAAAAGCUCGCAGUGAACGCUGGAUAUCCACGUCUAUUCCGAAAAGUGAAUGGAAUUUAAAUAAAGCGCGUCUAUCGUCGGCGGAAUAUCAUACCAAUAAUCUUCUUUCUCCAGUUUUAUUCGAAGAAGUAUUGAAAAUGAUACCAAAGAACGCUAUAACCAUUGAAAUUUCACCCCAUGGACUUCUUCAGGCUAUUCUUCGAACAUCAUUGGACAGCAAUUGCAUUAAUUUAACAUUAACGAGACGAAACCAUAAGGAUAAUAUAUAUUUACUUCUAACCACCCUAGGAAAGGUUUAUAAUUUUGGAUAUCCCAUUAAGAUAGGAAAGCUUUAUCCACGAGUCCCAUAUCCUGUUUCUUCGGGUACUCCAUCGAUUUCUUCUUUCUUCCAAUGGGAACAUACCAUCGAUUGGUACACCAAUUUCUACACAGCUGUAAAUAUGAUCAAUACGGAACAUACAAUUAAAUUCAAUCUAAUGUCGACAGAAUACAGUUAUUUAAAAGAUUUUAGAAUUGAUGGAGAUGUGAUUUUACCUUUUAGCGUAUAUUUGAAACUGAUUUUGAAUACUUAUUUAAAUUUUAUAAAUAAGGAUGAUAAGACUAAUACAAUUAUUGUAAUUGAGAAUAUUCAAAUUCACAAUAUAUUACUAAGAAUGCCACUCGAUAAUGAUGUUGGAUUAGUCAUUAUGAUAAUGAUAGGUUCGGGAAAUUUUGAAAUAAAAACCAUGAAUAACAACAUAAUAGCGUCUGGAACUAUACGGAAAAUAAAAACAUCUAUUAACGAAGUUCCAGAUAUUAAUUCAUUAAAGGAAGAAAGUGAAGUUUUAACGACAGAAGAUAUUUACGCUGAUUUACUUGUACGUGGUUACGAAUAUCGAAAACAUUAUAAUAUUAUCGACGGACUCUCUUCAUCAUGUUCAAAUGGUACACUUAAAUGUAACAAUGAUUGGACGUUGUUAUUAGAAGGAUUGUUUCAAGUGCAUAUCUUUAGUAAUAGCAAUAAAAAUAUUUUGAUGCCAUAUAUGAUACAAAAGAUGGUCAUCGAUAUGAAUAAAUUCACAGAAGAAAUAAAAGGACACACACUACCAAUAAAGUACGACAAACGGAUCAAUGUGAUAAAUUGUCCAGGAAUUGUUGUGAAUGGUCUCAAACUUAAGGAAGUACCAUUAACAAAUUCAAGUUACAAAAUACUGGCGAAUAAAGUUCGAUUUAUACCGAAUAUUGACAAUACGAAUAUAAAUAUGAUUGACGUUUGUUACAUGAUAUUGGGAUUACUUUCCGAAAAUAUGUAUGAAAAUACUACGGGGAAGAUAAUAGUAAUACAAAAAUCAAAACAGGAUGUAGAUAUUUUAGAGUGUCUCAAAAACACAUUGAAGACAACGAAGGAAAGCUUUGAAAUAAAAUACAUUGCUAAAGAGAAUCUUAUGCAAACGCUUAAUGAAAAUUUUAAUUUAAUGAUCAUCGACAGCACAUAUUUUAACGAUUUAAGAAACACUAUUAAUAAUAUCGGUACAGAAUCAUUUUUAUUGACGAUCAUAAAGACGGGAGAUCAAGAUAAAAUGAUUGCCGCAUUCACAAGUAUAGGAUUAAAUCUCGUUCUAAAGAAAAAAAUAGCCCUUGAUCGUACGGUUUUGCUUCUACGAAAAGUUGAGAAUGCAAAGAAUCCAAUUGUCAUUAAAAAUCAAGACAACUGUAUUGAUCAUCUGAAAAGGAGUUUAAGAGACUCGAAAUAUGAUAGAGUUAUCUUUUUGGUAAAUACUAUUACAGACAACAAUGUCUUUGAUACAGUUCGAAUUCUGAAACAAGAGCCAGAAUACAAGAAAUUUCAAAUUUUCGACCUACAAAAUUCAAAAGCACCGAAAUUUUCGCUUGAAAAUGUAUUUUAUCGAAACCAGAUGAAAUUAAAUCUUCGUCAGAACGUAUUGUCGUCCGAUAAUGUAUGGGGUACGUACAGAUGGAUGCCACUGUCUGAGAAAUCUACUUCCUUGCCUCGUUGGCGAGCUAAUAUUGAAAAAUCAGGUUCAUUAUCUUGUAUCGAAGAAUUACCAUUGACUAAAAAACAGGAUAAAAGUAUUGUAAAAGUAGAGUGUGCUGCAUUCGAUUUAAAUAUUUACGAGCAAUGGUUGAACAAUGAAGUCAAUUUAGAUUCUCAGAUAUGUAUCACAGAAUAUUCAGGAACAGAUGAAAAAGGUCAUAGAGUAAUGGGACUUCUUCAGAAUUUAACAAUAAGUAAUGAGAUUUGUCCCGAUCCGGAUUUUACUUGGACGAUACCAGACUCUUUAAGCUUCGAAGAUGCUGCAACAAUGCCUCAAGCUUAUUUGGCAGCUUUUUCCAUUUUACAUAAGAACUCGUAUUUCUUUAGCAAAACUAAAACUAUUUUGAUACACUUUGGGGCUAGUGAUAUAGGACAAGCUCUUAUUAAUCUAUCUUUAUGGUAUAAUUUAAAUGUCUAUACGACUUACGAAACUGAAGCUGAAAAACGAGUAAUUCAAUCGAGUCAACCUCGUUUACCAGAUUCUCAUAUUACCCAUAUUAAUAAGUAUAAAAUUGACUGUAUCUAUAAGAAGGACAAACCCAUAGAUUUGAUUGUUGCAAGCUAUUCGGUCUUGAACCAGCUUGAAUCUUCUCUGGGCAUUAUCGAAAAACAUAAAACUUUGAUAUUGGUUUUCAAUUCUAAUAAAAUUUUUCCAAAAUCUUUUGGCACAUAUGCUUUGCUAAAUGAUAUUAAAAUAUUUAGCUGUUGUUUACAGAAUCUAUUUAGUUUUCCAGCGAAUAAAAAAAGAGAAUUAGUGGAUAUAAUGAAAACAGCUAUACAAGCAGGUGCCUUAAAACCGCUAAUAUCCCGAAGACUUCAUUUUCCGGAAACAAAGUUGGAAAGAAAAAUUGAAUUUUGUGAACGUUAUGGAAAGGUUCUCGUCAAUUUGCAAGAACUAGGGAAAUGUUCUUAUUUUGUUCCUCGUCUAUCUUUCCGUAACGACAAAUGUUACUUCAUUGUUGGCGAUUUAAAUAUUUUUGGUAAAGCAGUGAUCGAAUGGAUGAUCGAGCAAGGAGUUAGGAAAUUAUUAAUAGCUUCUAAUAAGUCCAUCAAAGAUCGUAAGGACUGUGUACUUAAAUGGCGUGAAAAUGGAGCAACGGUGAUCAUUCGCGAAAAAGUUGACAUGAGCAAAGCGACAAACGUUAAUAACUUGCUAAAAGAAGCCGUUUCUCUUGGUCAACUCGAAGCUAUCUUCGAUCUACAAAGAACAUCGAUGGAUUCGUCAGCGUCUCUUCCUGAAUAUUCCAAAGUCACUAAAGUACUCGACGAAGAAAGCAAAAAACUCUGUCCUUCUAACGUAAAAUUCUUCGUUUUCUCAUCACCCGAUUUGAACGAUGAAUCUUCAAGAGAUCCUAUUGUGGAAAAAAUAUGUGAACAAAGAAUGAAAUCUGGGCUUCAUGGAUUGUUUAUUUUAUUGAGUAAUUCCAUUGAAAUGGAACGCUCAGAAUUUAUGAAUAUAUUCUACAGAGAAAUCUCGCCAUUUCUGCAACAACUGAGUCAUUUUCUCGUUGCAAAGACUUUUCUAAUUGACCUGCGCUUCAUAAGUACGAGAAAACAUUCCGUUGACGAUAAUGAGAAGUAUAUCAUUACUGCUGUAAAUGAAGAUGAGGUCAUUGAUAAGGAAACUGAGAAACUUUCCGAUGAAAAUAAACAUUUCCUUAAGUAUAUAUAUUCUUCAAAUAAUUUUAAUCAAGAAAGUCUAGAAAAUUUGUAAAUAAUUUUCUUCUAUCUUUAACCCAUUCUGAUUAGAGAUUAAUAUGUAUUCUUUCCUUUGGUGUAAUAUAUAUAUAUUACAUCAAAUA